AUGCAAGCCCUGCGUCGCAGCAGCGUAGCGGCUCGACAGACACGACCACAGAAGAAACGAGUCCCUCUCUUGUCGAAUACUCAACUCCGCGUGGUAUCGACGCACGUCUCUGUGAUUGGUUUACACUGGAAAACCGACGAGACGCGACUCCAAGAGGUGUUUGCAGCCUACGGGAGGCUGGAAAAGGCGCAGAUUGUGACGCCCGAGCACUCGUCAAUGCAUUUGUGGGCAUCGCUCGUGUAUGCGACAUUCGACGAAGCCCUGGCGGCUGUAAGUGAGUGGAACGGACAGGAGCUCGAUGGCCGACUACUGCGUCUGAGUAUUGUCGAUCCACCGGUCGGGUCCGAGUCGGUUGCAGAAGACACGACGUGA